AUUAUAUAUAAAUUUAUUUUACAUAUUGUUUUCGUUGUGCAAUAUCGAGCGGCUUAUCCCUGUACGGCUUUAUUCCGAUUGGUAGACUAGCUGCUGGUAGAUUGCUUGUCAGACAUGACAAGGUAGCCUUUGUGGUCUGUUUGAUAAACUGUCAUGCAGGAAGUACUUCGACUGUUAUCAUUCUGUUAAACUCUCUACCAUUUGUGCAGUGAAAAAGUAAUCGUGUAGCGUGCAAGUAAUAAUAUACGUGCGUUAUGUGAUACACAACUAAAUAACCGUAAGAUUUCGAGCUCAUGCUCUUCGCGAUUGUAAACAUUAACUCUCACAAUCGCGAAUAUCAGCAGGUCUUCCGUAAUGAAUACCUAGUAAUAACAGAAAUACAUCAGGUGUAUCAGGAAAUGCCUUUGAUUGCUGGGUUCAGAAAUCUAACAUGCAUGAUGAUUCUGCUAUCUUGAAGAUGCAACAUCAAUUUUGGGUGACAAAGCAGUUUUUCUCUAGGAGAUUAGGAAAGAAGGAAGAUGAGUGUAUUCUUUCUUCUGAUGCGGAACUGGAUGCAAAGUUAGAAUUGUUUCGUAGCAUCCAAGAGUCCUGUUCCUACUUACAAAGAGUUAUUGACAGAUAUCAAGAAAGAUUAUGCAAUUUGGCUCAGGAAGAAAAUGCAAUGGGACGUUUCCUAAAAGAUGCUGGGAAGCAAGAUAAAACUCGCGCUGGCAAAAUGAUGUCAGCGGUGGGAAAAUCUUUAUCUUAUUCUGGUCAGCAGAGACUUGCAUUGAGAGCUCCUCUAGGUCGGUUGUAUCAGGAGGUUGAAACAUUUAGGCAAAGAGCUAUUGAGGAUACACUACAAAAUGUACAAGCUAUGGAAAAAGCUCGCACAGAGUAUCGAGCAGCUCUGUCAUGGAUGAAAAACAUUUCUCAAGAUUUAGAUCCAGAUACAUCCAAACAAGUGGAAAGAUUUAAAAAAGUUCAAGCACGUGUUAAGCAGGGCAAAAUAGUUUUUGAUAAUUUGGCACUUGACUGUCUUCAAAAAGUUGACUUAUUAGCGGCAGCGAGAUGUAAUAUGUUCAGUCAUGCCUUAGUUUUAUAUCAAACCACACUCUUAAAUUUCACCAAAAAAUCUGCACAAGCAUAUUCUACAAUAGCGAAUAGCUUCAAAGGCUAUCAACGUUAUGACUUCACAGUUGUACGGGAAUUAGCUGAAACCUCUAGCAAAUUAGCGCAAGAAACUGGUGGUGACGAUGAUCCGGAAGAUAAAGACAAAUUGCCAUUUUUUGACAUGGACUACCACGAUGACGUUGAGGAGGCCCAAGAGGCUGCUGCAAGUUCAGAAAACACAUCGGAUAAAAAUGAACAAGCAGAAAAACUCGUGGAUAUAGAAAGCGAGGCAAAGGACAUACUAGUAACUUCGGAUAUCACUACAAAUUCCUCGAAGAAUGGAAUUGUGCAUAAUACUAAUGAUACAGAAAACACUAAAAGUCUCGAAGAAUUUUUCGGAAAUCUAAUUUUGGAAAAAGAUAUAUCCAAUACUAAGGGACAUUCGAUUAAUAAAACAAAAGAGAACGAUCCUGAACUUAAUAAAACUUCUGAGGAACAGAAGUUAGCGAUGGAUAUAUUUGGGGAUUGCAAUACAGAUUUUAUGACUAAUUUGCCUUCUUCACCAUUGGAGACCCAACAGCAACAGUCAUUAAAUUUAUUGGUCUCCGAAAGCGCAGCGCUUUUCGACGAAAUUCUGGACGAUAAGCAACAAAGCGCGACCAGUGACUGGGAAGGCAUGUCGCAUGAUACUUUUCUACCUCCAAGUAUCUUGAAACAGAGUCUGGGAGAUGCAGCAUUGGGUAUGGGACAGAAGACUACAACGCUAACCACAGAUGAAAAAAAAAAGAAUAAAACGGGCAAGCAAAAAGGUAAUUCGUGGUUGGACUUAUUUGCGGAGCUGGAUCCAUUGGCUAAUAAUCCAAUGGAGAAUUUUCCUGGUGAUAGUAACGCUUCAGCUUAAUUCAUAAGGUAUUUUAACUUUGAUCUCUAAUUAUUUGAUGUUUAUAACAAGAGAAAAACUUAUUUGCUGUCGCCGAGUACAAUGAACGUAAUUCAGUACUUUCAUUUCGUACAUUUGUAUCGGUAUUUUCCAGUUCAGCUUUUAACAUUCCAUUUUAUUUUUAAUGGAGUGUCAUAAGAAUAAGAAAUCUAUAUUUGAAUUCUAUAUAUAUAUAUAUAAAUUAUAUAUAUAUAAUUUUCCAUAUAAGCUAGAAAUACACAUACCAAAGAUAUAAAAUGUAAUAUUUAUUGAACAUUUUUUAUGUGCUAGUUAUAUGUUUUUUCUCUCAAAUAUAUUACAAGAUCUUCAAUAUAAAUAAAUUUAUUAUGGAAUUCCUUGUAGCUCUGACGGACAUUCCAAUGUCUGUAAAGCUCGUAUCAGAUACAUUGAUCGAUUGAGACGUGCACGUUAAAGAUUAAAAAAUCGUUUAAUUAGAUAAUCUCAGUUUAACCUUAUUCUUUCUAAUUAGAUCGUCAUAUUCGAUCUUUGUUUAAAACCUUACCAGAAACCUAAUAAUCGGCUUUUUGCUGCCAGCGUUCUAUUCGUGUUAAACCAAAAAAGUCCUUAAUAUAUCAUCAAUAUGAAUAAAGUUUAAAUGUGGUGCAAUAAGAUAAAAUGGGAUAAUACUUCCAACUGUGUACUUAAAGAGUGUAGAAGUUUGUAAAUAAAUACGCAUUCGCGCGCGGUAGAUAAAAACAAGCAAGUCGAAAGUGUGCGGCGACUUUGUUCAAAGCGGUAGGUAGCAUUAUCAUUCUCUAAUCUUUUCUUUAUAUUAUUAUUAUCUCAUACGAGCUUUCAUAUAUUCUAAUUUUGAAAUGUGUAAAAGAGUGUAUUGCAUAUUAUAUGUUUCUAUUCAUUGUAAAGUUUAUAUUUUAUGGUUUUUAUUAUUAUACCUUCACUUAUUGCACAACAAUCCAUAUCUGACGCCUCUGCUUGUAAACUAAUAUUAGAAAUUGAUACAUAUCAAUCAAGUCCGUCUACAUAAAAAAAAACAUUUGUUAAUAUGCUUUUUAGUAAUUUUUAUCUUUCUUUCUUUUCCUCUUUUUCUUAAUAUAUACUUAAAUAAAAUAAAUAAUACUACGAACAACAGGUUACAGGCAUAGGCUCAGAAAUAUCAUUUUGUUUAUGUUAUUUUUAUAACUUUCGAGUACUUAUACAUUGUCAACUAAAGCAACCGCAGUAUUAAAGCUAAAUUUGUAUUUAUGUAAAAAAAAAAAAAAAACGACA